CGUUUGUGAAAACUGUGUUAAAUUUUCCCUGACGAGUCGUAUCCUCUUUGUACCUGUUACGAUAUGCCAUCCUCGGAGCGUGUUGACGUUUGACAUCAGCAGAUUAUGUUAGAAGCUCGGUGAGGAGAUUGUGUGGCGAGUCGUGACCAUCAUAUGAUGGUAAAGGCUUUCGUUCAUCAUGCGGCAUUCUGUAGCUGACAAGAUUAUGUCGCCCCUUGGUACGUCAUGCCGUUUUUGUUAGUUGACAGCGUUGGGAGUUGCUCGGAGUAUAUUUCGUACAUGUUUAUAAUGUUGGUUGCAACGCGGGAAGAAUCAUCUAUGCUUUUGUUUCCGGGCUACUGCGCGCGAAAUCUCUCACAUGCGAGAUACAUGGGAGCCUUAGCCCGGCCGGCGCUUCUUUGCACCAGAAGUUGGCAUAAUAUGCGAGAAAACAUUGUUCUAGAUUUCAGCUACUCAGAAGCUAGGCCAGCAUAAGAGUGUGCCGAUGAUCAUGGGAAAAUCCAGCAAGUUCGUAAAAACACUCAUGCUUUUGGCGAAGCAUCAAAGGAAAACGGGUCGCGAACGUAACACCUGUAAAUGCUAAUGUGGCUCUCGAAAUUUAGAGCGCUGUGUUUGCCAAACUCGCUUGCGUGUUUCGAUCAUCAAGGCCGAUGUUUUGGAGAACGGAACACUGAACGAACGGCCUUGAAGGUGUGCUUGUUUUUCCUAUCGCGGCAGCCAAGUCUCGCUUCAGGCGUUGCGUAGUGUUUUGAAAAAUCUUCCGCGCACGGGGGUGGGGGGGUGUCACGGUUUGGCUAGCUUCGCCGCCGCGCAGAACCCAGAGAGGAGGAGCUUUCUGUCGCUGCAGACUCCUCUCUCCGCCGUAACGAUAGUCACAUGCGCGUGCACGUGAGCUGACGAAAUGCAGAACGCGGUGCCUUUCCUUGAUAAAUACGAUAACUCGCGUUGUGUCAGAACUUGGACACAGACAACGUGACCGUGAGCUGAUAGAUAGUUACGACCUCCCCUCCUUCCUGCCACUCACUUUGUGGACCUGCUGGAGCGUUAACGGGCGGAUGUGGAGCUGAUAUCUCGGGCGUCCGUUCGAUAAGCCAGAAGGACCUGUCGCGUGCGUUGCCCGGCAGCGACGCAGUCGGAUUCAACAUGCAUCUGGGUAAAACGACGAAGACACGAGAGAACUUUGGCGGUUGGGUGCUGCCCGUUGAACAGAUGGACAAUCUUAAAAAGAAGCCAUAUAUGUAUAAUGCAAGUGCAGGCUCGGUUUUAGAGCUUCUAUUUCUCCAGAGGUUUUGGGUGUGGUGUGUCCAGUUUGUGCCUGCAAGGAUAGCACCGUGUGUUCUCACAUGUUCAGGACUUCUAAUAAAUGUGUGUUGCUGCUUACUUCUGCUAAGCUACAGCACUGAUCUGCGCUCAGAGGCGCCAUGGUGGACCUUUGUGCUGUGUGCAUUGUCUUUGUUCCUGUACCAACUGCUGGACGCUUUAGAUGGCAAACAGGCCAUCAAGGUGCAGAAUACCGCCCUGGAGGAAGUUUAUGACCAUGGUUGUGAUGCCCUGUCUACUUUCUUUGUCACUACAUCUGUUUCCAUUGCCAUGCAACUGGGGGAUUCUCCUGCGCUCCUGGUCACUUUCUUUUUCCUAUCUGCGCUGGCAUUCUAUUCAACCCACUGGCAGGACUAUGUGACUCAUGUAAUGGUCUUUGGCAAGAUGGACGUUUCCGAGUGUCAGUGUUCCAUGAUGGUUGUGCACCUUUUAACAGCUAUCUAUGGCCAAAAUAUGUGGAUGCAGAACGUGUUUUACGGUGUUCAGCUACGCGAGGUCAUGGUGUUUUUGUCUUAUUGCUGCCUGGUCUUUGCGACAUUAGGCAACAUCCGCAUUGUCCUUGGUGGCAAGACUCCUCUUGAUGGUCUUGUCAAGAUUCCUCGCCGUACGGAGCACACGUUGUACCCUCUGGCUGCCAUUCUGAGCCUGUCUGCGUGUCUGUGGGCUACCUUUAAGGCUGGUCUCAUGAUACCCCACCCUGUGAUGUUCCUGGUCACAUAUGGCUUUGCUUUUGCAAAGAUCACCAUCAGGCUAGUGCUGACAACGGUGUCCGACGGAGAAUUGGACCUUUGGGACAGCAGCCUGGUGGCACCACUGUUCCUCUGCCUGAAUGCUUUACUCAGUGCGACGCCCCUUUCACUGCCCAUCUCUUCAGCGCUCAUGUGCGCUAUGGUGUACAGUGUGAUGGACUUUGCUCGUUACUUCACCUACGCUAGCUGGGACAUGCGGGAUGCAUUGGACGUGUGGAUAUUUUCUCUCAAGUACCCUGUUGGAGACCCACGAUGUCGUAAUGGCAAUAACGGCGUGUACCUGACGGGCCUCAACAACGAUGAGAUGCUUAAGAAGGCACGCUCUGAAGCAUCUGCCAGUGCUGGGGCAGCGUCGUCCGCUAGCACAAAGCAGAAGAAUGGCAAGCUGAGGCUACGGAAGUAUCUUGGCCGUAGCAUGGGCAAGGAGUGCCUCAACUGAUCAACUGAAAGUGGCCAUAGUGUACAGAAGUUGAUGUUGAGAUAUGGGCAGGAAUAAUGUAACGAUUCGAUUUGAGUGCUAGUCCUUUUUAUGUUUUGUCACUGGUUCAGGCGUCACUCCACCAACAUAUCACCGGGGUCAGCCGGUCGUGAGUGAUUGAUGAUUAUGAAUAGAAGCGAGUGAAAGGAAUCCUUACAUUAUACUGUCCCUGGAUCUGAACAAUGACUGCUUCGGUUGCAUGCAAUAGCCUGGAGAGUUGUGCAAGGGGAUGCAUAGAAGUUUUAAUUUUGCUGAAAGAAAGGAAUUGUAUGAGAAUGGUUGUUUGUGCCAGUCUUGUAACGCUUAAUAUUAUGGCACUUAUGUAAAUAGUUACGAUAAUGAAUAUAUAGUCUUAUUUGCACACAAAAGGGAGAACUUGGGAAGGACUGCAGAACAGGAGAUUGGCUGCAGAUGCCUUAUCUGCAAACAUUAAGGAUGCAAAGUGGAAGAGAGGGAGGAAAGUUAAUGUAACUCAUUUGAAUGAAGUCUCAUUUCAUCCGCAUUUCAACUCAUUUGAAUGAAGUGUCUGAAAGGGCAGAUGCACAUUUCAUAGUAUAGUUGCAAUCAAUUUGCCCAGCCAACCCUGGUUAAACUGCAGCUAGCAGAUUUUAAUUAUUUGCCUUAACUUUAGAAGUGUUCAUAAUACUUAACUGAAGCAAAAUUGGAAGUGUAGGGAAAACUUCCAUGAUGAGAAUCCGCUAUUGCAGAAAUGUGGCAUGAAGGCUUGUUUUUCAAGUUUUGUGGAAUGAAGCAUCUCAUAGAGCAAUGCCAACAAAUUUUUACACGCGUUUUUCUUUCCUUCUGGUUGUUUGUGGGGGUGGGUUUUUGGCCACCUAAAGAUAAAGCGUGCGAUCAAAAUUUUAGAGAGAUCAAAGUACAAGAAAGGUUAAAUCAAACAAACGUUUUGGCCUCCCUUGAGUUAGACGAGCAAAGCAUCAGUUUAAAUAUCGUCCACAUGCAUAAGAAGACAUCAACCACGAAAGUUACUUGGAUUACUAUUUGUGAGCAAGGUUGCCAUGCGAGAGCUGAAAUGUUAAUCCUACAAACUCUGUUGUGGUGGGCGUACUUUUCUUGUUUGUUUAUUCUUCAGGAGAUUGUAAUUCUACGGAAACGGGAAACUCGACAGAUUGCCAACUCCAGUGAAGUGGAUUUUAAUGUAGAGCAGCACAUGCUUUUGCCAUCUGCUAAGUGCUUGCACAUUAGAUUUUAAUUAUCAGGUCUUUGACCUGUUAUUUACGUCAGGGACUAACCACGUGCCACCAAUGGCAUUUGUUUCGCUACCUUGUUAAAUUUUGCAAGAGAACAGGCAGGCCACCUAAUUUGGUAAUGUUCUUAUGCACACACCAUUGUUGUCAUUAUUAAGUUUCAUUUUUAAUGCUUUUGCUUUUUACAAAUUGUUUCUCAGCUGGGGAGCUGGUCUUGCGGAAAAAUAAAAGUUUGUGUUCAAAGUAGCAAGAUGAUGGCAUCAUCAUGGUAUGUGAUACAAGUAUGUACUAUUAUGCUACAGGUUUGGGAACCCACUGCCUUCAAGAACUUUUUUGUUGAGCAAAUCAAAGGCAUGUUGAUGUGUGUGUCUCUAGUGUUAGUAGCAUUAUUAGAAUUGUGCGCUUUGUUACCACAGGAAUAGCAGCAUAGAUUUGGAAGGUGUUUGCUGAAUGUAUAAGACUGUACAUUUCACUUUUAAAUUUCCGUUCCAAUGACUGCCAGUGUGCCAGUACAGCUUCUGAAGACUACCUGCUUAUUGCACCAAAGCAGUCUGUUUAAAGGGUUGUCAAAGGCAAAGCAUGUCAUAACAAGCAUAACGGGGCGAUUACUGCUCCAGAAUAUCCGAAGUUACCAUGUUUAUCACUGCCUUUUUAAGUUAGAAAGUGAUGUAAAAGUAGGGCAAGGUUGACAAAAUCAUUGCGAAAAUGUGGCUUAAGAUUUUGAAAUGCCAGCACUAAUAUUAUAUGGCACUAUUGUGAAAUACACCAGCUCCUUUCUGGUGGUGUCCUUUUAUGUGGUAAAUAGCUGUUAACUGCUGGUUAAUGGCAACCAUAGGAUAGUUACAUUUCAUUUCACUGUGAAAGGAAAUCUAGUCUGGCUAACCUUAUAAAAUUUCCCUUUGGAAAAAUUUGCUGAUGUUAUUUCUUCGCACUGCUCUGCUGUUGCUACUUGCACGAGUUUGGCGUCCUCUUUGUGCAGCCCCGUGAAUCACCGAGGUAGUAUUGCUCAGCAGUGCAUGAUCUUUGACAUGGGCGAUGCCACUUGCACACAACUUGCUGUUCUCUCUGGUGACAUGCUUUGACCUUUGCGUCAACUAAGUCAUCUCUUGGUCCAAAAGAAAUGAUGAGAUUUUAUGUAUUGUUGUUGAUCAAUCGAUUUAAGAGAAUGUUUGCCUUUGGUAACCCUUUAGUGUGAACUCAUAUCGACUUGGCUGAUAUGGGAUGUGAUACGUGAUGUGUGUAGGGCAUAUGUGAGACUUGAUGCAUGGCACGUGAUGGAAGCCACAUUUGGGGCAGUAAUCAAAUGGACUGCGGUUUGUACCUGUGAUGCUAGUCUGCGAUGUGCAGCAAAGGUUGUUGGCGAUUGUGUGGCAAGGCGCAUGCAGCGCGCGGUGAGGUUUGGCCGAAACUCUCGAACAUUGCUCAUACAACAAUUUAGGGUUACGGAAACAGCUUAGUUGCAUUUGCUAGUCAAUUUUAUGAUGCAGCACAGAGUAGUGUGUUCUUCGCAUGAAGUUUCUACAAAUUGUGUUCUUUUCAUGCCAACAAUUUUUCUUUAAAUCUGUUUCCGCUGUGGUCUGGUUGUUGGGAGCCAGUUUUAUUUCUCGUAGGAAGACAGCUAAGACUUCCUUCUUUUAGACUGGUACAUUUUUGCAGGUGCAUGCUGCAUUAUAUUUAGUUGCAACCGCACAAAUGUGGCUACAGUGAGGCUGAAGUUCAUUAUUAUAAGGAACUUUAGCAGCAGCCACAGAGCAUUUGAUUAGUGCAAAUAUUGUAGUCUUAAAGGAACUACAUAUUCUCUUGAAUGCUUAAAACGAGGGCAUCAUGAUGCCCUUGCAGCUGAAUUUUUUUUUUUUUUUCUGUAUUAGUUAUAGCAAUAUUUUUUUGUACAUUAUGUUUGUGCUCUGCAGUGGUGCACAAUUCAAAGUAUGAUGAAUGACCAAAAAAUUCAAAUCAAAUUGUGUACUCUGUGCUAUCUUGAAUUUUAUGUUGUGGCUGUUGCAACUUUUUUUCUAAUCAGCAGUUCGAUGGUUUCUGUUGCUUGACUUGUUUAUGUUUAGCUCACUUCUUGUCCAGUUUUAUUUUACAUAAAUUUUUAAGUUUUGUGUCUACCUGUUUUAAGUGAGUUUUGCUUACUUUUCAUACUUUUUUUUUAGAUCUUCAUUGUGCACAUUGCUCACUUUGGUUGUUUGUAGCCUCAUGUUGUCUUUGUCAAUAUGCUCUGAAUAAAGAUGGAGACGGAUAUAUUUGGCAGCAGGAGGUGCCAAGGUUUGUGUUAGAGCCAAUCCUGCUGAAUUUUAAAAUCAACUCUUGCUGCUAUGUGCUCAGUGCCAGGUGAUAAUGACUGGUGAUAUUGAGAGUACCUGAACUUGGCUUGCUUUCUUAGUGCACAAGUUGCAGGCAAAAGUAGUGCAGUCUGUAUCAGCAAUACUUCAGAUGAAAGUGCGCACAUGCUUAAUUUCUACUUAUGGUAUGUAUUAAUUUGCUGUGCAAGCACAGCAGAAGUGUAUAUUUACAUUUAAAGGAGAAUUAUAGCAUAAUGGAGAUGUAAAAGCUUAGACAUACUGUAAUAGCGGAAGAUGUGUGGAGAGGAGCGGCAGCACUAAUGGCAAUAUCUUUGGAUGCAAUGACUAGCCAUAACGUUCUAGAAUCAUUCUUGUCCUCCAAAGCUGUUUCUUCAAGGUUGAAGGUAUACGAAAGUACCCUUCUUAUGAUUGCACCUAGCUAGUCAUUCCAAAUAAGUUCUGGAUUUCAAAACAGCGCCACAAGAUUUCACUGUUGGCACUGCUGCCCACAUCUACACCUGGUAUGCACCUGUCUAUGCUGAAAUUCUCUCAUCUUUUCGCACAAUCCACGAAGUGUCAUUUGUACAGGACAUGACCAAUCUUUCCCGAGCAUGGCAUUACUUCUGGCACUUGCGAUGUACAAAAUUUGAAUGCCAGAAGUUUCAAUAGCAAACUAAAUCGAGAAAUUGCCAAAAAUGCUCGAAUUCAGAUCAAGGUCAGGGUUCACCAUUGAAAAACUAAUUGGUGUAAUGUUGGUGAGUUAUUCAGGAACAAUGUGCAGGUGAGAGUAGGAUGUUGUUGUGAUAGAUGGUGAACAAACAUUUUUUGUUUUGCACAUGUCACUUCAUGAAGAUGUAAAGAAAACUCUUUUUUCAUUUUUCUUUGUUCUUCCAUUGCAUAUGUGCAAAAGUGUACUGCUCUUGGAUUGACACAGUGCUGUAAAGUGCUGCUUUGUUUUUUUUCUUAGAUUUAUAGUGAUGAUUUAUCAGAAGUGCAUAAAAGUGUGAUGUACUUGUUGUUUUAAAUAAAACAUUAGGAUUGUUA